AUGAAACAACGAUUCAUUCGUCAAUUUACGAACCUAAUGUCUACUUCGAGACCGAAAGUUGUUGCCAACAAAUAUUUCACUUCUAACACUGCCAAAGAUGUUUGGUCGCUAACCAAUGAAGCCGCUGCAAAAGCUGCCAAUAACUCCAAAAACCAAGGCCGUGAACUUAUUAAUUUAGGCCAAGGCUUUUUUUCAUAUUCCCCUCCUCAAUUCGCCAUUAAGGAGGCUCAGAAAGCCCUAGACAUUCCAAUGGUCAAUCAAUAUUCUCCAACUAGAGGUCGACCUUCAUUAAUUAAUUCCUUGAUUAAGUUGUAUUCUCCUAUUUAUAACACAGAAUUGAAAGCGGAAAAUGUUACCGUAACAACAGGUGCCAAUGAAGGUAUACUUUCUUGCUUGAUGGGGCUUUUGAACGCUGGCGACGAGGUUAUUGUUUUUGAACCUUUCUUUGACCAAUAUAUUCCAAAUAUCGAACUUUGCGGUGGUAAAGUUGUUUACGUCCCCAUAAAUCCUCCAAAGGAAUUGGAUCAAAGGAAUACUAGAGGUGAAGAAUGGACCAUUGACUUUGAGCAGUUCGAAAAAGCGAUUACAUCCAAGACAAAAGCUGUCAUUAUCAAUACCCCUCACAACCCAAUUGGUAAAGUUUUCACGCGCGAGGAAUUAACCACUUUAGGUAACAUUUGCGUCAAGCACAACGUUGUGAUUAUAUCUGAUGAAGUCUAUGAACACCUUUACUUCACUGAUUCUUUCACUAGAAUUGCCACACUCUCUCCAGAAAUUGGGCAACUAACCUUAACGGUCGGUUCUGCCGGUAAAUCGUUUGCUGCUACUGGUUGGAGAAUUGGUUGGGUCUUAUCCUUGAACGCAGAGUUGUUAAGUUAUGCAGCUAAGGCACAUACAAGAAUUUGUUUUGCAUCUCCAUCCCCUCUACAGGAAGCUUGUGCAAACUCUAUUAACGACGCUUUAAAAAUUGGGUAUUUUGAAAAAAUGAGACAGGAAUAUAUCAACAAAUUCAAAAUUUUCACAUCGAUCUUUGAUGAAUUGGGACUACCAUAUACAGCUCCAGAGGGUACAUAUUUUGUCCUCGUUGAUUUCUCUAAAGUGAAAAUUCCCGAGGACUAUCCCUACCCAGAGGAGAUCCUGAAUAAGGGAAAAGAUUUUCGCAUUUCUCACUGGUUGAUCAAUGAAUUAGGUGUGGUUGCCAUUCCACCAACUGAAUUCUAUAUCAAAGAGCACGAAAAGGCUGCUGAGAAUUUGUUAAGGUUUGCAGUUUGUAAAGAUGAUGCUUAUCUAGAAAAUGCCGUAGAGAGAUUAAAACUACUCAAGGACUACUUAUAA